GCUUAUAUAGUGCGCGCGCAGCGAGACUGCCACCAUUUGCGUUUGUUGUUCCUGGGCAGAAACACCGCGCCGCCAUCAUGUAUCGUCUGCUCUCGUUCGCCGUGCUGCUUCUGGCUUUGCACUGUGCCCUGGCGAUGCCGGACCACCCGGCGUCAAUGCGCAUGUCUGGAGAGCUGUCCCACGAGAUAGACAUGCACAACGACACGGCCGCCAAUGCCACAACCACAAGCAGCAGUGCAGAGGAUGACGAUGAUGACAACGCCGAUGACGAUGCCACUGAUGACGAGGACGACGAUGAUGACGAGAUACAUGUGGAAGGCAAGAGUUUUUCAUGUCCAACAAGGCGGCCCGAGGUCGUCGAGAUAGAGCAGCAGUGCAUGGCCGAGUACAACGAAAUGAAGAAAAAGAAGAAGGACGCCCCCUGCAUGGCUCCACCAACUAAAGACAUAUUUGUGAUUCAAAAGGAGGCACCCAAUGCUGCAACAAUCAGGUUGGAAACAGUACCUGAUACAGCCUCCUCAGAAGAGACAACACAUUCACCAGGACAUAAGCACCAUGCUCACAUGUCUUUCUACUACCACUGUCUUCUGAAAAAGCUGGAUUGGCUUAAUGAAGCUGAAGUUCCCAGCAAGUCUAAGAUAGAAGCAUGGUUAGCAACAAAUGUAACAGAUGCAACACAAAGAGAGCAGACAAAGCAACGAGUAAACCACUGUCUUUCUGAAUCGAAAGAUGAAACUGAAGGUACUGAAAGUAGCACUGAAAGUACUGAGGAAACUGAGAAAAGCACAGAAUCAUCUUCUAAGAUGCAAGACCAAAUGAAGUGUGAUUUUUCAAAGACGCUGUUGUGCUGCCUUAACCAUGUUGAGUGUCCUAUCAUCAAGUACCCAUAAAAUCAAGAUGUAUGAAGAUAUCAGUAGAAGUUGAAUGUCUGCCAAUUCACUUACACUUCUGUAAGGUAACUAAAAAUCUGAGAUGAAGGCACAAAAACAAUAUAAAAUGUGUGAUAUAUAGAUAAAAAAGCAUUUGCAGGUGCAAUAAAUGCCUGUAAAUGUAAUGUAAAUGAAUUUUGUAACUGAAUAAUAGAGUUUCAAUCAAAAUAUUACCUACAAACACUACUUGCAUAUUUUUUGUAACUGAACAUGACUUUAUUGCUGAAUGCCAAUGAUUGACUCUCUUAAUGCUGCAAAUGUAGAUUAGAUCUCUAAUAAAGACUUCAUUAUUGUCACAUA